GAUCCUCAGGUUGCACCUCAAAGCCAUGGCAUGACGUACAUUGUAUUCUCGGUCUACUUCUACCACGAUACUUUCACUUUCGCGCCUUGCCAUUUUAUCAAACAACCACAGCAUAAAGGUCGCGACUACGAUACCAAACAUGGCUGACCCUCAGAAAAAGGAAGAAGCCAAACAGUCACUUCUGCAGACUGCCAAAAAAUGGGGAGAGAAUCCAGUUCCUCCUGCGCUUCUUGCGACCUUGGUCUUUGCUCAACAUGCGAGACCCUUACAACCAGUUCCCAUGCUGUUUCCACCACUUCUUCUCUUCUCGACUUACCUCAACCUCCAAGGUUACAAGAUUGACAGUGCCGGGACUACUGCUGCGCUUAGCGGUACGUAUCUUGUGCUAGCUGGUAGACGAAGAAUGGGCUUCAUGAACAAAUUCGGCGCGCGAGGAAUCAUUCGCGGUGCGACGAUGGGGUUGUGUCUGGUAAAUGUUGUCGGCGGAGGUCUCGCCUAUAGUUUUGGCAGUCGAUCGAAGGAGGAUGGCAAGAAGAGCAUCUAAGGCGCGAAACACGGAAAGAGCUUGAUCGAUAGACUCCUAUAUGGGUGACCUUCGGAAGAGCAGAGAACGUUGUUCAAACUGUGAGCUCAAGUCACCCAAGCAGGUGUCAGUCACCACACAUCGGACAUGGAGGCCCGCUUGUCUCCUUGACGACACAAUCCGAUUGCAGGGGCCGACCACUAAAGAAGCACCUGAGUGAAGUGGGACAAGGAGAUGUCGCGGUUGCGGGCUGUCACAGCCGUAAUGCACAUUAUGAUCGAUAUGUUGGCAUUCGUCAAGUGCGGCUUAUGACGGCGAAGCUGGCCGGCUCCAAGAAGACCCAUUCACGAUAUCGAUUCAGGCAAGCACAGA